UUUGUCUAACAUAUUCAAUUGUUCCUUGAAGGAUCUCUAACUCAUUUUUUAAAACAUCGUCUAACUCAUCUGAUUUUAAAACAAAAAUGAAAUCGGCUUUUGAGUGAUUGCUGGUCAUCCCCUUUGACUAUUGAUCUUGAAAUCAUUUUCAACAAUUCUCUGUUACUGCAGGUACUCCUCCUCGCAAUUCUUAUCCUUUUUUUUUUCUUCACUAAAUUAGUACUAGUAACUUCCAUAGUUACCCAGAAAACCAAAGUUUCAAUUUUUAUGAUGUUUUGUUAAUUUCUGCUUUUAUUGCUUGUUCCUACAUCUAAAUAAUUGAUCUAUCAAUCAUAUAGCUGGUGGGGUUUGAUUGAUUUCAUUAAUUUGUUGUAAAUCUGUAUUUCAAGGCGAUUACACUUUCACACCCACCACUUGUUUGAUCUUUUGUCUGAGAGAAAAAACAACCAAAACCUGGUUUUUUUGGGUUUCAUUUGAUGUAUCCUGUUCUUGUUGAUCCUGAAUUAGUGAGUCAUGAAUUCAAAUUUAACCCAGAUUUGAUUUCAAACAUUAACACCCAUCAAAACUUUGGAAACACCCAUCAAAACUUUGGAAAUGGGAUCACCCAAGGUGAAAUCUUUGGAAACGAUGAUUUGGUUGAUCAAAAACCCCCAUUAGUUGAUUACAAUAAGAAUUUCAUAAGCUCAGAUAUACCUGAUUUUUCUGAUGCUUGCCUCAAGUUUUUAAGUGAUAUUCUCUUGGAAGAGAAUUUGGAUGAAAUUCCUGCUACUGUACAAGAUUAUAGGGCUCUCCAAGCUACUGAGAAAUCUUUAUAUGAUGCUCUAGGAGAGGAAUAUUCACCUUCUGAUAAACCUACAUCAUGUUUAGAUCAAAGUAUUGAAAACCCAGAUGAUGUUUUAGGUAGAUGUUGGGAUAAUAGUUUUGGUGUUGAGUCCAAUUGGGUGCAAAGUCAAACACCAUCUGAACCUUUUCUGAGCUUAGAUGAUCUUUCCCAAUCGUUCUUGGAGCUAAAUUCGCAAUCAUCGGGGUCGAGUAAUAGUGAUGAUUGUAAAGAUGGGGCAGCAACUUCUCCUACCAGCACAAUUUCAUCACUUGCCCCAGAGAAAGGAGAUAAGGUGGUGAGUAAACCCAGGAGGAAGAAAAACCAUCAAAGAGAUGAUGGUUCGUAUGGAGGAGGAAGGAGUAAUAAGCAGCAAGCUUCGUCUAAUGAAGAUUAUGUUGAGAUGAAGCAGUAUGAUGAUAUACUUCUAUGCAAGGAAGAUAAAGAUGGUCUUGCUGUUGGUAAUAAAGAAUCCUCAGCAACUGAUGUGAGCAAGAAGAUGCAGGAAAAAGGAGUGAAGGGUAAAACAACGCGUGGUAAGAAGCAGGAUAUUAUAGGGGAAGAGGUGGAUCUGAGGACACUCCUCACCCAAUGUGCUCAAGCAGUUGCAAGUUUUGAUCUUAGAAGUGCAAAUGAGCGGCUUAAGCAAAUAAGGCAGCAUUCUUCUCCAUAUGGUGAUAACAUCCAAAGGCUUGCUCAUUACUUUGCUAAUGGUCUUGAGGCACGUUUGGCUGGUACCGGCUCAACAAUGUCUGCCAAUAUUGUUGAUGCACGCAUCUCAUCAUCGGGUUUCUUGAAAGCUUACAGGGCUUAUGUUACCGCUGUUCCUGCUAAAAGGAUGUCAUUUUUUCUGGCUAACAAUACAAUCUUAAAGUUGGCCGAGAAAGCAACAACAAUACACAUAAUUGAUUUUGGUGUGUUGCUAGGUUUGCAAUGGCCCUGCCUCAUACAGAAUCUAGCAAAAAGACCUGGUGGGCCGCCUAAACUUCGCAUUACUGGAAUAGACUACCCUCAGCAAGGAUUCCGACCUGCAGAAAGAGUCGAGGCAACAGGGCGUCGUUUGGCAGGUUAUUGUGAGAGAUUUGAUGUGCCUUUCCAGUAUCAGUCCAUUGCACAGAAGUGGAACACCAUACGACUAGAGGAUGUUAAAAUUAGGGGUGAUGAGCUGGUAAUUGUCAACUGUAUGUUCCGGUCUGUAUCAUUACUAGAUGAAACUGUUGAGGCAGACAGUCAAAAGGAUGCUUUCUUGAAGUUAGUCAAACAGAUAAAUCCUCGCCUUUUCAUUCAUGGGGUUGUCAAUGGGACUUACAAUGCUCCAUUCUUCAUCACUCGAUUUAGAGAGGCACUCUUCCAUUAUUCUGCUAUAUUUGAUGUAUUCGAAGAAACUCUUCCUCGAGAUGAUCAUGAAAGGCUGCUGGUUGAGAGUGAGGUGUAUGGAAAAGAAGCUUUUAAUGUCAUAGCAUGUGAAGGCGUUGAGAGGACUCAUAGGCCAGAAACAUACAAGCAGUGGCAGGUGAGAACAGUGAGGGCCGGAUUUAAGCAGCUGCCAUUAGACAAGGAGCUUGUGGGUAGAGCAAAGGCCAUGGUGAAAGCUAAUUACCACAAAGACUUUGUAGUGGAUGAGGAUAGAAAUUGGAUGUUGCAAGGUUGGAAAGGAAGAACCAUAUGUGGUCUUUCAAUUUGGCAAACUUGCUGAAACUUCGUCUGCUUCAUAAUUUUUAUGUAAUAUGUAGCACCCCCCCCCCACCCCCCUCUUCUUCUCUUUCCUUUUCUUUUUUUGCAAUUUCUCUCGAAUUUUGUGGUUAAGAUUUCAUUUAUUUGUAAUGAAAACAUCUGGAAACUUUGUUUUUUUUAAGUCUGUUGCUCUUUUAUACACUCUGUUCUUUGUAUAUAUCCUGUUUCUGCCUAAAUAUGAUGAACUUUUGUAGUUUGAUCCAGGGCUGAUCAAUUGCUUGAAUCAGAUUUUGGGUGUAAUUUAUGUUAUGACAGGAACAGCAAUGAUCUUUGUGCUC